AUGGUCAAGGGCACGGAAGAGGUCAUCUCCGAAUUCAACGAGUACGUCAACAUGACGGCCGAGGACCUCGAGUCCUGGCUCAAGUCGGACGACUCCAACAGCGCAGGCUGGCCCAAGGACGACGCCGAGGGCGGGGGCGAGUCGGUCGGACACGACAGCGGGCGCAAAAUUGUCGAGAUUCUCCAGGCGAACCCCGACAAGAAGGAGGACAAGUACACGGACGAGCAGGUCGAGCAUAUGCGCAAGGUGGUGGCGUACUGCAAGCGGCAUUUGGCGCAAGAGUCCAAGUCGAACAGCGACAAGUCUCCCGAGGAGGUCAAGAAGACCAAGUCGUAUGCUUCGUUGAAGAACUGGGGACACGACUUCCUCAAGGCCCAGGGCAAGGAGAACGGUGCGACAAAGUCGAACGGAAAGUCUUCCAAGACGGAGAAUGGCAAUGAGGGCAAGGCUGAGUCGAACGGGUCCAAGAAGCAGAACGGAUCCAAGAAGGGCGAGGAAGAGGUCGAAGAUGACAAGGAGGAGGAGGAGGCCGAGGACGAGACCGAGGAGAAGGCGGGGGACAAGCGCAAGAACGCCAGCGAGGAGAAUGGAUCCAGCAAGAAGCGGCAGACACGCCAAGGCGAGGGGAAGUCUACCGGAAAGUCAGACGAGAACGGUGAUGAUGAACAGGAAGAAGCGGCCGAGGAGAAUGGGGUGGACGGCGACGAGGAAAUGGAGGACGAUGACGAGGAAGGGGACGACAAGGAGAAUGGCGGCGGCAAGCCCAAAAAGGGGCCCAAGAAGGGCGACACCGUUAGCUGGAACUGGGGUAACGGACAGCCCGAGGGUAAAGUCCUGGACGUGAAGGGUGAAAAGACGACUAUCACGACGAAGCGCGGGAAUGAGGUGUCUCGCGAGGGGAACCCCGAGGACCCUGCCGUGGUGUUGGACACUGGAAAGUCGAAAGCCAUCAAGUCUGCCCACGAGUUGAAUUAA